AUGGCGGUAACGGGCGCCAACUGCCGUUAAAACUCGUAGAAGAAGGGGCAACCUCCGUUAUGUGCCCCCUCCCCGAUCAGCAGAGGCUCCAUUUUGUUUGAUUCUGGAGUUUGCGGUCACUGUCGACAGUCAGCAAAGGAAAUACCACCUAAAGAUAACCUAACGUUACUAAUCACAUCAAAAAUGAGCGGAUGUCGUAUUUUCAUCGGCCGUCUGAGCCCAUCUGCCAGAGAGAAGGAUGUGGAGAGGUUCUUCAAAGGAUACGGCCGCAUCCGAGAUAUUGACCUCAAGAAAGGCUUUGGCUUUGUGGAGUUUGACGACCCAAGAGAUGCUGAAGAUGCCGUUUAUGAGCUUGAUGGCAAAGAGCUGUGCAAUGAAAGGGUGACCAUUGAGCACGCACGUGUACGUCUGCGAGGAGGCCGUGGCAGAGGAGCUGGCGGCGGAGGAGGACGUUUCUCUGAUCGCUAUGGCCGAGGCUCCCAGAGCAGUCGGAGUCGAAACCCUCCUCCGAUGCGCACUGAGAACCGCCUGAUCGUGGAGAACUUGUCCUCUCGUGUCAGCUGGCAGGACCUGAAAGAUUUCAUGAGACAAGCUGGAGAGGUGACAUUUGCAGACGCACAUCGCCCCAAGGUCAACGAAGGGGUUGUUGAGUUUGCCUCUUACAGUGAUCUGAAAAACGCCCUUGAGAAACUGUCUGGAAAGGAAAUGAAUGGCAGGAAAAUCAAGCUCAUUGAAGCAGCCAAAAAGAGGUCGAGAAGUCGUUCCCGGUCUGAGAGCUCCUCUCGCUCACGGUCCCGUUCCCGUGGUCGAUCCCCAUCUCGCUCCCCCAGACGGUCCCGCAGCCCCGCCAAGGCCCACAACCGCUCUCGCUCUCGCUCCCGCUCCCGCUCCCGCAGUGGCUCCCCUGCUGGCGGUACCUCAUCCCCAACCCCCAAAUCAAAGGAACCCGCUAAGCGGUCCUCCAAGACGAGCAAAUCCGCCACUCCGCCCUCCCCUCGGCCGGCUCAGAGAGCCUCUGUCUCUCGUUCCCGUUCCCGUUCCCGCUCUCGCUCCCGCUCCCGUUCUCAUUCUACUGACAGCCAGCGUUAAAGGCUGUGUUUAGGUUAAACCAAUCAUCAGUAGGAACAACUUGUUUCAGCAGUAGAAUCCGCUCGGAUGAGUUGGCACACUGGAGCUCCCACGACCCCCUCUGAAAGCCGAGAGAAACCUUUUCCUCGAGCAAAGUUUGGUUUUUCCUCUCUGGAUUGUUGUCAUAACUAUCAAGUUUUUCACAUUAGAACACAGAUACGUUGUCAGACAGGAGCAAUGGUAUUAAGUCAAAUAUUUUAUUGUCACAAUAGGGCAUUUUUAAAUCAAAUAACUUAAACAGAAGACACUUGUUGCACAGAAAUGCUGUUUGUGUCCUCCCGCUCAUUACCCUUAAAACGUUUGGACCCAUAUGUAUGUUUACACCCAGUGACUGCUCACCUCUGAAUUUAUUCAUCCAACUAGGCUGCAGGUCCAUCACUGGUCCAGCACCUUCUGUUUCAUUUCACAAAAUCACCAAAAUGCCCAAGCCUCACUGUUGUUGGGCCUGUAAAGUUAGAAAUCUCUACACUUUGAAAAAAACUUUGAAGAGGGAAUCAGUAUUUUUCAGCAGUACUAGGAUGAUUUUGAUAAGUCGUGUGACCACUUUCUUUACUUUUUUGCAAAUACCUCUGCUUGUUUUUGCCUGUCAGUGGGAGAAUUUUUAAUCACUUUUUACAUAUUUGUCCAGAUCACCCACGUAUUCCAAGUCCUUUCACCUCUUUUCCCUUAUUUUCUGACCUACUGUACCUGCCACAGCUGUGUAUGUGAUCUCUAUAUCUUAGACUGCUUGCAUGUGCUUUUGUUUGAUCCAAAUUUACUUACUAUCAGAAAUAUUUUAUUUGUGCUUGAAGCUCAAAUACAAACCACCGUCAGAACUGGCAUUGGCAGCUUCAGUAUCAAGAACACUGUACAGUUAUGCACAUUGUUCCAGCAGUUGAACAGCUGUACAGUAAAUUUCAUAAAUCUUAUGUUUUCUUGCAGUUGACUGUUAAAACUUUGAAUUUGUUGGGAGUUUUAAUACUCUACCUUGGGGAUAAAGUCAACACUUUAAUUUCAACAUUUUUUUUUUUUUUGUUUAUUUGUAGGGUUUUGUGUACAGCAUUGCAGACUUUUGUUUUUUCAUAAGUGUAAAGUUAUUCCAAGAAUACUUGUCGGUACUGUGACUGAUGUUAGACUUUGGAAAAUGCAACAUUUUUGUACAUAGGGAUUUUAUUUUCAGUGGAAAACAUGAUGGACGUUUGUAUGGUGUAGGAAGACAGUGGACUUAAUUAAACAAUAAAACAGUUUUAACUAAA